AUGCGGCAAGAAGGAAUUGAAGAAAUAAAACGAAAGGGAAUUAUUAUUGACAAAGAAGUAUCGCUUAAAGCUUAUCUUAAGUUCUGUAAAGGGGAGCCACCCAUUUCUGUCAAACACCAUUUGAUCGAUGGAAAAAUUGAAGCCUAUGAAAUGCCUCUUGACCAUCAUGCAUUAGUACAAGGAAAAUUAACUGGUAGGAUGGGUAAUUGGAAUUAUCGGUUGCAGGUUAUGGGUGAAAUAGAUACUAUUGUGGGUACGAAUAGUGUCUGUCAUCCUGAUAUUUGUGUUCGACCAAUAAAUCGCAGACGACCUCAACUCGCACAAGCAAUCAAUUCAACGGGAAAUCCAUAUCCAACUCUGGUGGUGGAAAUUGGAAGUACUGAAAGUUUAAACCAUCUGCAUGAUAAAGUAGCAAACUAUUUUUCUCAACGUACCACUAUUCAAAUUUAUAUUGCUAUCAAAUUGUUUCCUUUUCGCCAGGAUGGUACUUUUGCGCUUCUUGUAUUGCUUUAUCUGCGUAACAAUCCAAAUCCAACCAUACCUUCAAUUGCAAAGUCUUUCGGGACAGCCCCUCUUCACCCUAUCACACAAGCAUAUCUUCUAGAUACUUUACAUGUUCAGACCAUUUAUGGUGUCGAGUUUGGAGGGAUUCCCUGUGAUGCUGCAAACAUCCCUCAUAGAUAUUCCGACUGUAUUGCUUUUUAA